ACGGGCCCAAUAGUUUUCGUUGAAGAUUGAAACUGAGAACUGUUCCGUAUCGAUCGACGUAGCCAUGGAGAAAGAGAAGCAGAAAGAAACGAGUAGCGAUUCAAGUAUCGCAGAACCUUCCUCUUUCAAACUUCUUCUAUCGUGUCCUUCUGCUCUCUCUCCCUCACAGGUUUCUGUGUCAUUCAGUGACGCCUACGAUCGAAUCCCUCACUCUGAUGUCACUUUGGAAAACUCCGUCUCUGAGAUAUGGGAGCAGAAGAGUGUACAAAACAAAUCGUUGUUCAAUGGGCAUAAAUUUAGAUAUGGAGGGCAUCUAUUGCACACGGGAGAUGGAUCUGAUGAUGAACCACAUGUAUGCCUCCACCUUGGUUUGACAGAUUAUAGGACCUUUGUGGGGACAAAUUUAAGUCCUUUGUGGGAAAGGUUCCUUGUUCCAUCAGUAGAUGAUUCCGUUCUUUGUCAGCAUACCUCUAGUCCACUAGGAAAUGGUGCAGUGGUGGAGACAAUUGACAAUAAGAUUCUUGUAUUGCAGCGAAGUUAUAAUGUUGGUGAAUUUCCUGGAUAUUUUGUUUUCCCUGGAGGCCAUCCUGAGCCUCAAGAAAUUGGUAUAACAUCUCAUCAAUAUGUGAAGGAGUCAACAGAAUCGGUCAACAUUAAGGUUUCACGGGAGAUGUUUGACAGCAUAGUUCGUGAAGUAGUCGAAGAAAUUGGAGUGCCAGCUUUAUCCCUUAGCAUCCCGGCAUUCAUUGGUAUAUCUCGCAGGAAUUUGAAUGUGAGGCCAACUGCAUUUUUCUUUAUCAAAUGCAAUCUUGACUCAAACGAAGUCCAGCAGUUUUAUUAUAGUGCACUAGAUGGCUAUGAAUCAACCCAACUCUAUACUGUUCCAUUGACUGAAUUAGAAAAUAUGGCCUCGAGGAUGCCCGGCUGUCAUCAAGGUGGAUUUGCUCUCUAUAAAUUGAUGGUUGACACCAGGAAGAUUACUUGAUGGAAGUUUAUAGUGCUCUCAGUUGUCAAGCAAUGUGUUAUAUGAAUAUCAAGUGAGUCUCUUUCCACCAUAUAUAAGUUUGAUGCCAACAUUUCUGAGGUGAUUGAACCAAAGGAAUGAGACAGAAUUUAACCAGCGUGAAAUUUAUCACCAGAACAGGUGUUCUGAUCUGUUGCAAUACAUUAUACUAAUGCUUGUGUUCAACUCAUGCUAAGUUAAAAUGCACAAUUCAAUCUAAUUCUGUAUUUAUAUUUUAUGGCACACCUCGUAAAUAAUGAACAUUAAUAUACUCUAUGCUUUUUCUGUUUUCAGUUGGAAAUGUUAUAAUACCACGUAUCAUUGAGAUUGACGAAAA